UCCUUUGUGUGAUUUGCAGUGUAGUCUUUACUUCCAAUCACCUUCUUUCUGCCUUCCUUUUCCCCCUUUUCUCUGUGAAACUACUUUUUCCCCUUUAAAAUGCAAAAGCACUGGCCUACUUCUUUUCAAGAAGCAAAUAUGAAGAGGCCUUAUUUUAUUCCGGCCUUGACUCCCCUUCCCUAUCCUAAUUUUGGGCAGUGUGUGGCUGAGGGCAUUAAAAACCUUUUCAACUUGACCUCAGUAGAUGAAGUUCUGUUGGAAGUGUGCAGAAUGUUGGAAUAGAGGCCUUACUAUCUAAGAUCUCUUUACAAAUGUUAAGUAUGACAGAGGGCAAAGACUCCAGGAGAGAGGUCUUGUUUCUGCAGGGUGCAUAAGGACAUAAAUCUUGGAGCUGGACACACCUGACCUCUCUGUACAAGCUGUAUAUGACCUACAUUAUCCCCAUUACCUAAAUAAGAAUCUGAGCGACCCAGGUCCCAGUCAUGGCUGCAGUAUCAACUAACAUUUGUGAACUGGACAGAAUACUUCUCUGGCAGUGGUGUUGUGAGGAUGAAAAAUCAGUUGACUAUGGGUCAGAGUGAGUGGCUGAGCUAACUCAUAACAGCUGUCAUCUUUAAUGCCAUCCCUGAUUCACUGUCACCUUGUAUUGGGCACUUUACAUAUAUUUAGUACUUUUGUUCUAUUUUCCGUUCUACAAAGUAGGUUUGGUGUAGUGGUUAAGAGAAUGGACUUUGGAAAAAAGGUGUCUUGGUUCAGAUUUGGCUCUACCACUUGCUAGCUGUGUGAACUUGGGCAAGUCAAUCUCUGUGUCUCAGUUUCUUCAUCUUUAAGGAUCAAGAGAGUACUUCCCAAUACUUAGAGGUUCUUAGAAUAAUUUUUCCUUUGAUGGUGCCGAGAGGAAAAUGAUGUACUUGCCAUAUUGGUUCAGGUCCUCAGAAAAGCAGACAACAGGAUGAGGUGCAAGAGAUUUAUGGGGGGAGGCAGAAGGGGAGGGACCUGGAGGAAGCCGGGAGAGCUGUCUGUUUGCAUUCCAGGUCCACUUCCUGUGACAGAACAGGAGAAGGAAGACAGGAGUUAUGCCCAGAAGCUCUCAGACUGCAGUGCAGUUCUGAGACAGCUUCUGUUGGGUUGAAUGGGGAGUUCUGGCACCAAGGAGGCCUCCCAGGGGAUCCCUAUCUUGUCUUAGUGGGUCUGUCUUCUUUCAGUCGUUGGUUGAUGGGUCGCCGGGCCUCCGUGUGGAUGAGAUGGGGGGCAUCUGUUGUUAGGCUUCCUACCACCGGAGGCCAGAGCUGGUUAGGGGGUGCCAAAGGUCACACAGGGAGUUGGUGGCCAGCCUGGAAUCCCCAGCCACACCCUUCACUGGGAAGGCCCGAUGGGUAACCUGGGGAAUGCCUCUGACCUCAGAUCCCUGGCCAAGAUCUCCUGCUCAGAUUUCCCUCUGGAUUCCCCUCCUGAGCUGAGUGGGGAGCUGAGCAGUUUCUGUUAGUGGUGGAGCAGUUUCUGUUAGUGGUGGAGGCUUUCCCUGGAAGCUCGUGGGAGUGUGGGUGUUGCUAAGUGGCAGUGUCUGUCAGCCCGAACCACGGCUUGUGGCAGCAGAGUCUGACACAGGAAGAAACGGACCGAGAUUCAGGUUUCCCGUUGGCUCCGACUGGAAUGCGGGUGGGCUGUGGACGGAGGUGUGCUCAGGGCACCUCUGGGGGAUCAUGCAGCUUGCUCCACCGGCCCUCCCCACGCUGAGCUUUGGGGGCUGGAAGGAAGAGGCGGGAGGGGCUGCUUCGUGGGACCACCGUGGGCAGCACACUCCUAAGGACUCGCUAUGGAGGUCUUGGGGAGGCCGAGCCUCGGAGAAAACCCCUCAACUGUGGCCAGAAUGGAGCAGCCAAAGGGCAUUGAUUGGACGGUCAUCAUCCUGACGUGUCAGUACAAGGACAGCGUUGAGGUCUUUCAGAGAGAGCUGGAAAUACGGCAGAAGCGAGAGCAGAUCCCUGCCGGGACGCUGCUGCUGGCUGUGGAGGACCCUGAGGUUCAUGUGGGCAGUGGAGGAGCCACCCUCAACGCCCUGCUGGUGGCCGCUGAGCACCUGAGUGCCCGCGCCGGCUUCACUGUGGUCACGUCAGAUGUUCUGCACUCGGCCUGGAUCCUUAUCCUGCACACGGGUCGAGACUUCGCCUUCGACGACUGUGGCCGGGCCUUCACCUGCCUCCCUGUGGAGAACCCCCAGGCCCCCGUGGAGGCUGUGGUCUGCAACCUGGACUGCCUGCUGGACACCAUGAGCCAUCGGCUGGGCCCGGGCUCCCCGCCGGGCGUGUGGGUGUGCAGCACGGACAUGCUGCUGUCGGUGCCUCCGAGCCCAGGCAUCAGCUGGGGCGGCUUCCGGGGAGCCCGAGGGAUCGCCCUUCCGGGGAGCACAGCCUACGCCCGGAGCCACGGCGUCUACCUGACUGACCCCCAGGGCUUCGUUCUGGACAUUUACUACCAGGGCACUGAGGCAGAGAUACAACGAUGCGCCAGACCUGAUGGGCGGGUGCCGCUGGUGUCUGGAGUUGUCUUCUUCUCUGUGGAAACUGCUGAGCGCCUCCUGGCCACCCACGUGAGCCCGCCUCUGGAUGCCUGCACCUACAUGGGCUUGGACUCGGGAGCCCGGCCUGGUCAGCUGUCUCUAUUUUUUGACAUCCUGCUCUGCAUGGCCCGGAACGUGCAAAGGGAGGACUUCCUGGUGGGGCGGCCCCCGGAGAUGGGGCAAGGUGACGCGGACGUCGCGGGCUAUCUGCACGGCGCCCGAGCUGAGCUGUGGAGGCAGCUCCGCGGUCAGCCGCUCACAGUGGCGUAUAUCCCUGACGGCAGCUACAACUACAUGACCAACUCAGCCAGUGAGUUUCUGCACAGUCUCACAUCCCCGGGGGCUCUGGGGGCCCAGGUCGUACACUCCCAGGUGGAGGAGCGGCCGCUGCUGGGGGCCGGGAGCGCUGUGGUCAGCUGCCUGCUGGAGGGCCCCGUGCGGCUGGGCCCCGGGAGCGUCCUGCAGCACUGCCACCUGCGGGGCCCCAUUCACGUUGGCACUGGCUGCUUCCUGAGUGGCCUGGACAUGGCCCAGUCCCAGGCGCUGCACGGCGUGGAGCUGCGUGACCUCGUCCUGCGGGGACACCACCUGCAGCUGCACGGCGCCCCCAGCCGGGCCUUCACCCUCGUGGGCCGCCUGGACAGCUGGGAGAGACAGGGGACAGGGACGUAUCUCAACAUGUCUUGGAGUAAAUUCUUCCAGAAGACGGGCAUCCGGGAUUGGGACCUGUGGGACCCAGAUGUGCCCCCCGCUGAGCGCUGCCUCCUCAGUGCCCGUCUCUUCCCCGUGCUCCACCCCUCGAGGGCCCCGGGCCCCUGGGACCUGCUGUGGAUGCUGGACCCCCAGGAGGACGGGGGCCGGGCCCUGCGGGCUUGGCGGGCUUGCUGGCGUCUAUCCUGGGAGCAGCUGCAGCCGUGCCUGGAUCGGGGUGCCACGCUGGCCGCCCGCCGGGACCUGUUCUUCCGCCAGGCCCUGCACAAGGCGCGGCACGUGCUGGAGGCCCGGCAGGACCUCAGCCUGCGCCCACUGACCCGGGCUGCUGUCCAUGAGGGCUGUACUGGGAGCCUGCUGGCCACGCUGGACCAGGUGGCAGCUGGUGCGGAAGACCCUGGCGUGGCCGCCCGGGCCCUGGCCUGCGUGGCGGAUGUCCUGGGCUGCAUGGCAGAGGGCCGAGGCGGCUUGCGCAGUGGGCCGGCCGCCAACCCCGAGUGGGUGCGGCCCUUCUCCUUCCUGGAGCGUGGAGACCUGGCGCGGGGUGUGGAGGCGCUCACCCAGGAGCGGGCCAGGUGGCUGAGCAGGCCAGCCUUGCUGGUGCGGGCUGCCCGCCACUACGAGGGGGCUGGGCAGCUGCUGAUCCGCCAGGCCGUGAUGUCCGCCCAGCGCUUCGUCUGCUCCGUGCCGGCGGAGCUGCCGGCGCCCGGGCAGUGGGUGGUGGCUGAGUGCCCGGCGCGGGUGGACUUCUCAGGGGGCUGGAGUGACACGCCGCCCCUGGCGUACGAGCUCGGUGGGGCCGUGCUGGGCCUGGCUGUGCGAGUGGACGGCCGCCGGCCCAUCGGGGCCAGGGUUCGCCGCAUCCCGGAGCCCGAGCUGCGGCUGGCGGUGGGGCCCCGGCAGGACCAGACAGCCGUGAAGAUCGUGUGCUGCAGCCUGGACGACAUGCGGGGUUACUGCCAGCCCCAGGCCCCAGGGGCGCUACUGAAGGCGGCCUUCAUCUGCGCGGGCGUCGUCAGUGUCUCCUCCGAGCUCUCGCUGAGGGAGCAGCUGCUGCGUGCCUUCGGGGGCGGCUUCGAGCUGCACGCCUGGUCUGAGUUGCCCCACGGCUCUGGCCUUGGCACCAGCAGCAUCCUGGCGGGGGCCGCCCUGGCCGCGGUGCAGCGGGCCGCAGGCCGCGCGGUGGGCGCAGAGGCCCUGGUCCACGCAGUCCUGCACCUGGAGCAGGUGCUCACCACAGGAGGUGGCUGGCAGGACCAGGUGGGUGGCCUCCUGCCCGGCAUCAAGGUGGGGCGCUCCCGGGCCCAGCUGCCACUGAAGGUGGAAGUGGAGGAGGUCUCUGUGCCUAAGGGCUUUCUCCAGAAGCUCAAUGACCACCUGCUCCUGGUGUACACUGGGAAGACCCGCCUGGCCCGGAACCUGCUUCAGGAUGUGCUGAGGAGCUGGUAUGCCCGGCUGCCUGCCGUUGUGCAGAACGCCCGCCGCCUGGUGCAGCAGACCGAGGAGUGUGCGGAAGCCUUCCACCAAGGGAGUCUGCCUCUGCUGGGCCAGUGCCUGACGUCAUACUGGGAGCAGAAGAAGCUCAUGGCUCCAGGCUGUGAGCCCCUGGCGGUGCGGCGUAUGAUGGAUGUCCUGGCCCCCCACGUGCACGGCCAGAGCCUGGCAGGAGCAGGUGGCGGGGGCUUUCUCUGUCUACUGACCAAGGAGCCGCGGCAGAAGGAGGCUCUGGAGGCCGUGCUGGCCAAGACAGAGGGCCUCGGGAAUUACAGCGUCCACCUGGUAGAAGUGGACACUCAGGGCCUGAGCCUGCAGCUGCUGGGGACUGAGACUUCCACCUGAGACCCCUUCUCUUGAGGCUCAUCCCUCUGCAAGAGGAGACAGCCUGCAGCUGCAGCAGCCCCUCCUGUCCUUCCUCAGGGGAGUGUUCAGCCUUCUCUCCACCCUUCUCUGUGAAUCUGCUUCCAAAGGAAAGCGACCCAAGUUCUAGCCCGGCCCUUUCUAAAACUUGGUGAAGCAGAGACGGUGCUUGGGAACAGGACUGAGACCUCCUGGUUGACGGUGGCCUAGGCUUAGCCUGUGCUCCAUCUGGACCUAGGAAAGUCCUAUGCUAAGCGUCCCCUGUGGCCUUUACAAAUCCAAUGGCCCUGAUUGGGCCUUGGCCUUCUCACUCUCCACCAGGGCCUGGAAGAAGGAAUGACAACCAGCCUUGGCAGACUGCUGGGGUCCCUUGGUAAGGCCGACCUUGAAGAGGCCUUGGGGGCAUUUCCUGUGGCCUUCCUUAGAGGUCCAGCUUUUGCCUGAGUAGAGACUUCCUGUUCAGCACUCCCUCCCAGGCUGAGCCAGUGGAGGAGUGGGAACAUGUCUGUGGCAGAGAGCCAGUGCAGUCCUGCAGCAAGCUGCUGCUGACUGAGGCCUUAACCAGCCCUGCUGCAGCUCUACCACGUGCCUGUGGGUUCUCCGUCUUCCUGGAAUAGAUUCACUCUGCCUGUC